GUAAACACUUGUAUAUCAGAAAGACUCUGAUAGUAUUUGAAUUAUAUAAUUGUAAGCAACAGCGAUAUUCGCCGAGAAUUUUCAACAAUAUAUUGCUAUCGCCUAUUCUACUCGGAAAUCUUUAAAAUUAUUUUUAAAGACUUUUCUCUGUUUGCAGAAGAAACAAAGAGGUGCGGCUUGCUGAACUGAACAGAAGCCCGUUCUAAGAAAAUGGAAUUUUAAGAUAUGUGAUUUUUUGUGCGAUUCAUUUUAUCCAAAGCGCGAUUUUCUGGCGAAUACUAAGUUUCAUACACUGUUAUCCAUCUUGGACGUUUGCAUUCAAAGAGUAAAUCUGAGCACUGACGCAUAACACUCUCAAGAGUUUGUGGUAUUUGAAGAAUAAGAAAACUGACCACGCCAAAUAAGAUCACCUAAAAGAUACAAGUUUCCUCAAGUCAGAUGAACAACAUUGGCGGAGAUAAAAUCAACUUGACAGCCAUGCUUCACAAUAUGUCUUGUGAAAAUAGGACCAUUUGCAACAUUACUGAAGAUUACGUCAACAUCGAGGCUUUCUUACAAUUCGAGAAUCUUGUACGAUACCUCAUCCCAAUACUUUUUGGAUUAAUAGUUAUCCUUGGAUUUGUGGGGAAUGUGCUAGUCAUAUUUGUUGUAUGGUCUUACAAACAAAUGCAGAAUACCACAAAUAUCCUUAUAGUAAGUCUGGCUGUGGCUGACUUAUUUUUCAUCAUAUUUUGUGUCCCAUUCACUGCAGCCAACUACGCCAUGUCGUACUGGCCCUUUGGCGCUGUUUGGUGCAAAGUAGUCCACUUUUUGAUACACGUCUCUGCCUAUGCCAGCGUGUGGACAUUGGUUUUGCUGUCUCUGGACAGAUACCUCGCUGUUGUUCACCCGAUACCAUCCAUGCGUCUGCGCAAUCGACGUAAUACGUACCUACUGGUAUACAUGACGUGGACAUUCAUCUGUUGUGGUAAUGUCCCGAUAUUUCUGCAAUAUGGAGUUGUAGAUUACCACUGGAUGGGAUUUCAGAGGUCAGCUUGUCUUAAUAUGGCGGGACUGAAAAGCAAAUUAGUUUUAAAAAUAUUUUACGGGUGCUUUUUCGCAUUUGGCUACAUGAUUCCGUUAAUGCUGAUAUGUCUCAUGUACGGAUUCCUGUUAAAACGUCUUUUAUACGGGGUAGUUCCGGGCGGAAGUCAACGAGCCGACAGCCUUAAAGCCAAAAAGAGAGUAACCAAAAUGGUCGUCAUCGUUGUUCUCAUAUUUGCUUUGUGCUGGCUACCAAUACAAGUUAUAUUUUUAGUUCAAUACUUAAAUACUGAUUUUGAAGUAUCUAUCGUGUCCUCGGCCAUACACAUGGCUGCCAACUGCUUAGCGUACAUGAAUAGUUGUGUCAAUCCGAUUUUGUAUGCUUUUCUGUCAGAAAACUUUAGACGAAGUUUUCGUCGUCUACUAUGCUGCAUACCAGAAGGUCACAGCAAGUAUGACUAUGAGAAAACCAAUUUCAGAGGAUUGGAGACAAAAGAUACUCUUCUUAAUAAUGGCAGUUCUAAAAGUAAAAGUGAAAAUGGUAAAGACAAAAACUGCAAUGUGGGUGAAGGAAUUGAACUGAAACCCCUUACUGAUUUAUAGUAUGCUUGUAUCGAACUGGAUCAUUGUUUCCGAAAAAAAAAUCAUGCAGAACUAAUCAAUUUUAUACAUGGCAAAGCAUCUACAUAAGUAUGUGGUUAAUAAGUCAUUUGCCUGUGUGUAGUUCGAGGUUCUCAUUUGCUUUAUUUUUUAACGAGAGGUCACUUUACAUUUUGUAUCUUGUAAAUUAUUACGUCAUCAAAUUAUGCUUUACUUGUAUAAUAAAUAAAAUUAUCGUAUACAAUUGUAGG